AUGGAAUGUCGCGGAACGAUCGGUGAGUACAACCGAUUCGAAGUUGAGGUCGAUUAUAAGAAAAUCAUUUUCACAGAAUGCUCCGCUGUUCAUCACGGGGACGAUUGCCAUCGGAAAUGCAGAACCUGCAAAUGCAGGUCCCGCGAUAAGAGAAGUGGUAAGGACAUGGAGGAAAGUAACGCACAAAUGGAAGUUCAGGAACUGAUUCACACAUAUCUAUCCGCCACUAGCGUCACGCUAGAAUGGAAACCCCCCAAAAAUGUAGAUGCCACCAUCGUGAAGUAUGCUGUUUCUCUCAAGGUAAAUAUACUGCUUGGUUGCUAUGAAACUGGUCGCGAGACUCCUGAACAGCAGCCGAUGAAACGAACCGUGAACCAGCCAAAAGCCUUCUUCGAUGGCUUGCAUCCCCACGCUUCGUACGUUGCAACCGUGUUCGCGUACAUCGACAGUGCAAAGGGACCACCAAAGCAGUAUAACUUUCAAACGAAUGAAACUCUAAUACCUACGUCAGUAAUUCACAACCUCCGAAUUGACGAAGGAGGACGCGUUCUUCGGUGGGAUUGGCCUGAGGAUUGUAAUACAAUCACGGGCGCUAUCUAUUGGACAAGAUUCAAAUUUGAAUCUGUCGGUGACGUCGUGCGGCCCUACACACAAUACCACGAAACGACCACUAGGAACCUCGACUUAAGCUUGUUCGAUUUUGUUCCCGGUGUAAAGCACAAUGUCCGUGCUUACGUGAUAAGGCUUAAAAAUGGGAUUGAAAAUGAUACGAACUAUGUGAACCUCACCUGGACGACCCCACGUGGUGUGACAGAAUUGGAAGCGUACGAUGCCGACUGCGACAGAAGCACCAUCUCCUUGCGAUUUAUUCCGUCAGUCCUUCUUCACGGCCGAAUCGAAUCCUACGAAGUGUUCAUCGCCGCAGGAAACGAGCUCCCCAAAAAUAUGACUUUUGGUAAUACGACAGAACAGAUCUGUGAUUUGUGGGAUGAUCACACAUGCUUAAAAGAUGUAUCCCUACCUUCGAACGCCAAGGUCAACAUAACGAUUCACGCGACGGGCAAGAGGCUUGAUCGAUUUGAUAUCCGGAGUAACAUCACCUUCUCGCUGGAAGAAUCGUGCAAUUCAAAUCUCAGUUGGCGAGUGAAUUUCACAGUGACGCAAAAUCGCGGUAACGUGACCCUGAAAUGGAAGCAGCCGUUAUCGAGUCGCGUCAAAAUCACGCGAUUCGCCGUCCGCGUUAAUCCUCUGGAUCGACGUCAACUUGAUAAAUUAACCCACCAAAUUCCCAUUGUCAGGGAAAUUCCUGUCGAGCCGAAUCGCAAAGAGUACACCACGGAGUUCUACCUGUCAAAAUCAGGGAGCUACAACAUUUCCUUGGUAGCGUUCAAUCAGCGCAACAUAAGCAUUAUGGAAAAUGCAGAACAGUUGUUCAUCUCGAAAGAAAAUUCCACGGAUUUUCAAGCUGCUGUUUCUGAACGACGUCCUUGGAAACAAUAUUUACUUUAUAUCAUUAUUUUGCCAAUCAUAGCGAUUCUUCCGGUACUGCUCUUUCUCUGUUACCGAAAGCACAAAAAAGCCUCAGAAGAACCGUAUUACGAGCAAAUCGAUGAACUGACACUGAGGAAACAAAAUAACAACACGACCGUGGUUUCUAGUAGUCUUGAAAAUCCAAUUACCGCAUCUCAAGCAUCAACCCAGGGUCAAAAGCCAAGUAUCGAACUUACCGAGUCUUACGCAGAGCCUUUUAAUCCUCUUUCCUGUAAGGUCAAGGUCGAAGAAUUCGAAGAAUAUGUCAAAGAAGCCCUCGCUAGUGGACUGCUGGAUGCGCAGUACAGGCGAUUUCCGAACGGCUCCUCGGUACCCCGCGUAUGCGGAAAAUUGCCGGCAAACGAGUCGAAAAAUAGAUACAGAAAUAUGAUACCAUAUGACGACAACCGUGUGGUUCUUACAAAAAUUCGAAACGAUCCUCACUCCGACUAUAUUAACGCCAGUUAUAUUCAGGGUUACCGCAAAACGAAAGCCUACAUCGCGACGCAGGGGCCGAAUUCGAAUACGGUGAUAGAUUUCUGGAGAAUGGUUUGGCAAGAGGAUGUCCGGGUGAUUUGUAUGUUGACAAAUGUCGUUGAGGCUGGAAAGGUGAAGUGUGAAAAGUACUGGCCGGAGGUUGGAACCAAGGUUAUAUACGGAAAUAUUUUUGUCUCGAACACGGGCCACGAAGUGUUUGCCGAUUACACUAUCAGGACGUUGAGAGUAGAGUGCCGAAAUAUUACGCGCAAGAUCACUCACCUCCACUACACGGGAUGGCCGGAUCACGGAGUGCCGAUGUACACCCAAUCGCUUGUCGCCUACCUUAAAAAGAUCCUGGCAACGCCCGCCGGAAAAGGUCCCGUGGUCGUCCACUGCAGUGCAGGAGUAGGCAGGACCGGAACCAUAAUUUUGUGCGACAUCUGCCUACGCCAAGCCGUCGUCGAGAGGGUGAUCGAUGUGCCGAUAAUAGUAAUGAAAUUGCGCGACGGACGCCAGGAUAUGGUCGAUAGUUCGCAGCAGUAUCUACUAGCCCAUCUGACUAUGGUCGAAAGUAUGGUCUCAGCACAGACGCAAGUGCCCUGUUCCGAUGGAUUCUCGGAGAGAAUACAGGAAUUAAGUAAACAGUUACCGUCCGACAUACAAAGGCUAAAUGACACGGUAUGGCAGGACCGUGUGUUGCACGCGUUGGCUGCCCCACAACGUCCGACUCGAGUACAAGUACUGGAAAAUGGAUCCAUGGAGCUGGAAUCAGUUACGGAGAACGCGGAAGUGUCAUCGACGUUCGAUAGCGAGAGCAAUUACAUAAGUGUAGUAAGCAUUGACGGGGUGAAGUUGAAAAAACAAUACUUGGCAUCACAUUUACCUUCGAAUUCUACUGUGUCGGAAAUCUGGAGAUUAAUCGUCGAGAAGAAUAUAGAAUUAAUUAUAGUACUGCAAAGUGGCCGACCGAAUGAUCCGACAUGCUGCGACAUCGUUCCUAACAAAUCGACAUUCACCCCCGUUCCCAACAUACAAUUGAAAACAAAUUCGUUUGUCACAAACGAACAUUUCACAACACGCAUACUCAGUCUUAAAGACACAUCCGAGGAACAAAUCAAACACCAACCAGUUACCGUUCUCGCAUGUACCGGAUGGGGAUGGGGCAAAAGCGGCAAACCACCUUGCGUUUCCGCGUUGGUGUCACUUUGGCGAGAGUCGGAAAAAAUACGUCGAAAAGAGGGACCCACUCUGGUACUUUGUCGAGACGGCAUAACCGCUUGCGGCCUUUACCUGGCACUGAGUUUUCUACUUGAACGAAUGGCCGUGGAAAGAGAAUGCGACGUUAUUUCAGCCGUUCGAGCAGUCCGACGAUCAAGACCAGAAUUCGUACAAUCAGUGGAGCAAUUUGUCUAUCUCUACGCCGCAGCAACGAAUUACUACGACGAAUUUCGAGAAUACGCAAAUUUUAGCUGAUGUUUCGUCAAGAGAUACCGAAUACGGUCAACUAGCUUUACAGGCAAAUUGUAUAGUUCAAUAAAAAGAGAAAGAAAAAAAUAAACUCCUUCAGCCUAA